CAUAAUUACCUAGGUAGGUAGUCAAAAGGUAUAAUAGCAGAAGAACCAGAUGUCCAAACCAUGGAUUCUCGUCUCCCCGGCAAGCCGCGGGAUCGGCCACGCCCUAACGCGGCACCUACUCCGGACAACAACCGCUCCCGUAUUUGCAACGGCCCGGGCUGAUCUAUCGGGCGUGCGGACGUCUAUCCUAGAUAAUCUAUAUGCGUCGCCGCCCCCCGAAUUUACAGGAGAUAAAAAUAAAGCAUCCGCCUCGGCGGCCGAAAGACUACAUAUAGCCCAAGUAGACGUAACAGACGAGCCCACACUACGCUCCGCCUCCGCCUCCGCCGCCAGACUCUUCCCGCCAGAAACGCACCACCUCCGUCUCGCGUUCGCGCUGCCGGGGAUCCUAUACCCCGAAAAAAGCCCGCAAGACAUCGACCACGCCCACGCGCUGCACACGUUCCAAACCAACACCCUCGGCCCGCUCCUCCUGAUGAAAUGGUUCGGGGCCUUCCUCCCGCGGAGAAGCGUCGCGGUGUGCCCCGAGCCCCUAUUCCCCAGCAUUUGCGCUGGGCCCGGGCACGCGACAUGGCUCACGGCCUCGGCGCGCGUGGGCUCGACAACAGAUAACAGGCUAGGCGGGUGGUACACGUACCGCGCAUCCAAGGCGGCGGUGAACAGCCUGACCAAGACGUUCGACAACCACCUGCGGGUGCGGUGCGCGGAUGCCGCGGGCGCUAUAGCGUAUCACCCGGGAACGGUGCGGACGGACUUGAGCCGGGAGUACUGGGACCGUGUGCUGGCGGAGCAGCUUUUUACCCCUGAGUACGCUGUUGAACGGAUGUUGGAGGUGGUGCGGACGAGGAAGAUCAGGGAGGAUAGGGGUCGUUGUUGGGAUCAUCGGGGCGAUGAGAUUCUGCCCUGAACUUGAUUUGAUUAUUUAAACCGAGGAUGUUUGGUUAAUCUACACACUAUUUUUACAUCUUCUGUUACUUGUAUGAACAACGCGCCUUUCAAAAGCAUUCGUCGAUUAUUAGAACUACGAGAACAAGUAUGAUCUCGG